ACAAGGCACACAGGAACGGCUCUGUACUUUAUCUAUAUAUGGAUAAUAUUCCUACCAGCUCGGAUACUUAUCAAUCAGACUCCAGAGUGGCCAAUUAUAGCGAGACACUGUAUGUGGAUUCAACGGCCUGACUGCCUGGGAAAACCCCCGGUCCAUCCCUCCGACGCCGGAGAACGUAAUUGCAUCAUCGAAUGAUUUACAGAAAGAAGAACUGAGGAAAGAAUGCAGGAAUAUGUCCGCAUGGUAUCCUUCGGAUGCAUAUCAUGAUCGAAGGACUCAGCACGACGUCGGGAAGCAAGAAAAGGCGCAAGCGCCCCCGAUGCACUCGCACUUUCUCGCGCUCUGUAUCCGCUCCGAUGUGACUGUGAUUGGGCGGGAUGUUACGGAUGAGGCAGGCUUCUCGAAUCCCGCUCCUGCAGAAGGCCCGUCUGGACAACACAGAAGAGCACCGGAGAAGUGGAUGGAGAAGCAGAAGUCAGAAUGCUGCACGAGUGCGGACGAAGACAUCGUCGAGAUAGCGAUUGCGCCCUUUCUAAGCGCGCCAGCGUCGGGCUUAGGUAGUCUAGGAGCGAGGAAGACAGCCUUUACAGCAUGUCGGAGACCGAAUUACCUGUUGUAUGCGCAUAUGUAUACUCAUAUCACGGGCUUGCUUCGGCUUCAGUGCGAUCGAUGGCGGAAUGCCGGCAGAAUAUAUGGAACGAUUACGAAGAGCGGAAGGCGAAUUGAGGCGAAGUUGGAAGCCCAGCAGAGAAGACGGAAGACGCGUGCAGGGGACGAAGUCAAACUGAGUCGAGGAAGCUCCGGUGAAGGGAAUCGGACUGCUGGAUUGAGCUGA